UGUAUCAGUCUUUUUCUUAAUAAAGAGACAUUUUCAUAAUGGAGGUGGGGCGUUUGAUUUUACUAACUCACACAACUCUUACCUACUUCCUAAGUAUUUCUCUACCCAAAAAGUUGUUUUAAAAACAGCUAGAAGAGUUCCUAUGGACUCUGCUAAAGACUUAAUUUUACUUUUUACAGAGCCAAGCCAGUUAUUCUUUGGACUAUAUGAAAAUCGAAAGAUGGCCAUAAAAGGCAGGUCUGCCAUGGUGUCCUUUCAAGAGGCUCACGUUUGCUAUCUAGAAAGUAACUCUGUGCUUGUGGAGGUGUGUGCUUUGAGUUUUGGAGCACAGAGGCAGUUGUUCUGAUGCCUGAAUUCUCACGAAGUGUAGCCAAAGCCUAGAGGUACCUCUAAGCUACUGUCAGUACUGGGAUUUCUCCUUUUCUUUCCUCCACGUUGCAGGACUUUUAAAGAGGAAGAAAGGAUUGAGUUUAAGAGUACUGAAACAACAGUCCAAUGAAAAGUUUUGGCAUUUUCCCACUUGGAAGUUUAUUCUUUCCUUCUCUAUACUUUCUAAAUCCUUGCGCUUUUUUUGCAUUGUAAAAUGUAGUAUUUUUAGGAUUGGAAACCAUGCACUCGUCUCUUACUUGCUCCUCCAUCACACAACCUUCCUUCCCAGUGGGGGAAAACAUCCCUGCCCUCUUUCUGCCUUCUUGCCUUUUGAUUCCUUUUGCCAGAAAAGCAAAUAAAAUAACCCUAAGUGAGACCCCAAGGUCAUCAGUUCCUGCCUUUGGGCUUGCACAAACAAGCUACCUACGCCAAUCACUAACCUGUAUUUAAAAAAGCCUCCAAUCAGAGAGAACCCACUGCUUCUUUUUGAGAACUGUUGCACCAUGCGAGCGCACACUAUAAAUGUCUUCCCCUAUCUGUGUGCACUCUUAUCUCACUGUUCUAUUUUUUUCCUCAUUUGUAUUAACCCAUUCUUACCUUUAUUCUUUGAACUUUUAGGCCUUCUCUUCCUGGAACUGGUGGUGGGAGACAAACGCUAUUCUGAAAACAGCCAAGAUAGUAAGAAACAAGCCCCAUUUUUCCUUUCGGAGUCUGAAGGUUUAAAAGAUUUGUUGUUGCGAGUGUCAGAAACAUUCUCAAUGUCAUCGCCACCUCUUUCCUGCGACCUCUACCCACCCGAGGCCACUUAGAUACCAAAGCAGACCGGGCGGCUGAAGGCAGGAAACGAUGCGUCGUGUCAGCGGGAGCCAAGUGCAGACUUUAAACUGUGUUCAACAUGUGGAUGCGGCAGAGAAAUGACCUGUCCAGACAAGCUGGGGCAACUCUUAAACUGGUUCCUCUGCUCCCUGUGCGUCCCACGGGUGCGUAAACUCUGGAGCAGCCGGCGUCCGAGGACCCGGAGAAACCUCCUUCUGGGCACGGCUUGUGCCAUCUACCUGGGCUUCCUGGUGAGCCAGGUGGGGAGGGCCUCUGUCCAGCACGGACAGGCAGCUAUAAAGGGGCCACAUGGUAACCACGACACCGCCGAGGUACCCUUCCCUGAGAUACCCCUGGAUGGUACCCUGGCCCCUCCCGAGACCCAGGACAACGGGACCACGCUGAAGCCCAACGUGGUGUACAUUACCUUACGCUCCAAGCGCAGCAAGCCUGCCAACAUCCGUGGCACGGUGAAGCCGAAGCGCAGGAAAAAGUAUGCAGUGGUGUCUGCGGGCCCGGGACAGAAAACCUUGGAUGGGCUAUCCCUUCAGCCACUGGAAUCUGCCAGGGCAGCUGAUGGGGCAGUGCCCAGGUACGCUCAGGGAGGAAACCUGGCCAAGGUUGGAGAGCGACCCUGGAGGUUGGUGUGGGGUCCAGGAGUACGCUCAGGGGGCUCAGACUUCCUGCAGCCCAAGGCUAAGGAGAGCAACAUCAGGAUCUACAGCGAGAGCACCCCCUCCUGGCUGAGCAAAGACGACAUCCAGAAAAUGAGGCUGUUGGCGGACAGUGCAGUGGCAGGCCUGAGGUCCGUGUCCUCUGAGAGCGGGGCGCGCUUGCUGGUGUUGGAGGGGGGCGCGCCUAGCCCUGCGCCCCGCUGCGGCCCGAGCCCCUGUGGAUUACUCAAGCCGCCUUUGGACAUGAGCGAGGUGUUUGCCUUCCACUUAGACAGGAUCCUAGGACUCAACAGGACUCUGCCGUCUGUGAGCAGAAAAUCAGAGUUCAUCCAAGCAGCGGCAGCAGAAUGUCCUCCACACGCUGGGCGUUCUGUAUUCUCCCCGGCCUGCGAGGAUAUGAGAAUUCCAGGGAAGUGCUGUACCGGGCGUGCAGGACUCACCUGGGGAACUUAUCAGCAGUUGCUGAAACAGAAGUGCUGGCAGAAUGGCCGCGUACCCAAACCUGAGUGGGGCUGUACUGAAAUACAUCACCAUGAGUGGUCCAAGAUGGCACUCUUUGAUUUUUUGUUACAGAUUUAUAAUCGUUUAGAUCCAAAUUGCUGUGGAUUCAGACCUCGAAAGGAAGAUGCCUGUGUACAGAAAGGAUUGAGGCCAAAAUGCGAUGACCAAGAUUCUGCAGCUCUGUCGCACAUUGUCCAGCGGAAGCAGGACCCGAGGCAUUUGGUCUUUAUAAACAACAAAGCUUUCUUUGACAGAAGUGAAGACAAUUUAAACUUCAAAUUGUUAGAAGGCAUCAAAGAGUUUCCCGAAUCCGCAGUCUCUGUUUUGAAGAGUCAGCACUUACGGCAGAAACUCCUUCAGUCUCUGUUUCUUGAUAAAGUUUACUGGGAAAGUCAAGGGGGUAGACAAGGAAUUGAAAAGCUUAUUGAUGUAAUUGAGCAGAGAGCCAAAAUUCUCAUCACCUACAUCAAUGCCCACGGGGCCAAAGUAUUACCCAUGAAGGAAUGAC